AUGGCUCUCGAUCGUGUCGUCAGCUUGAUCCUGCGUGCUGCAGAGCUGGUAUUUGCAGCCAUCGUUGCAGGCGUUAAUGGCGAAUACCUGCACAAUGUCCGCGGCGCAAGCUCCUGGCAGCUCGGCCGAUUCAUCUACACCGAAGUCGUUGCCGCGCUGGGAAUAUUGUUCUCUCUGCUGCUCCUCAUUCCAUUUUCGAGCACUUUCGUUCACUGGCCUCUGGACAUCUUCAUGUCCAUCAACUGGUGGAUUGUCUUUGGUCUGCUUGUCGAUCUCAUUGGAAAUUCUUGCGGCCGUGUAUUCGACUGGGACAACGUGCAUCCAGUUCACGGAGAUCAGUGUGGGAAGACCAAGGCCGUGAUCGCCUUUAGCUUCCUCUCGGCACUUCUCUGGCUUGUUUCGGCUCUCGUAGGCUUCUUCUGGGUGCGCCGACGUGAGCGUACUGUUGCUCGUGCUGAGGCGGCUCACCACAACCGCCGCCGGGGCCCCUGGUUCCGCAGCCGUGUCUAA